GAACAUGUUGCUUCAAGUUUUCUCAGUGAUGAGACUGCUAGCAGUGACUCACAUGAUGAGGACAGACCAGGAACUAGUGCACCAUCAACAUCAUAGAGAUAGAGGUGACGAGCAGCCUCCAUCAGAGUAGCUAUGUCUUCUGACAAGGGUAGAGAUAGGGGAGAUUCAUUUGAUUCAACCAGAAGUGAAGAUGGUCUGACUCACGAGGCAACCAUUUGUGAAGGAGCGCAGAAUAAUGGGGAUGGUGACCUGGAGAAAAGACUGAAGGAGGACAAGGAGAAAGCAAUUGCUGUGUUGAAAAGAGUUCAUCCCAGUAGGGUAUGCACCUUAAAUUACCAAAUAAAGAGGUCUGCACUAUCUAUUUAUUUAUUUGUUAUAUCAUAUGCUGUUUUGUAAUGUCCUGAGAGUUAUUAAGUUGAUACUUAGUGGUGAUUAUUCACCCUUUACACUCAAACAUCAGCAUGCAUAUUCUCCAUACUGUUCUCUAUACAUUUAGUGACAUGAUGACAAGGAGAAUUUGUUUAACAAUUCAGUGCCUCUUUAGUUGGUGAUCAUGUCCUUUAUUCUUGUGAUCUUAAUAUGUGAUUCAUGGGUGAUACUGUAAGAAAAAAGUAGAUGCUAGUCACUCUCAGGGGUCAACAGUUUAAUGGUACAUGACAUUGCUUGUGGCUUGUUUUAAUUGUGGGUUUUUGUUGCAGUUACUUUUCAAAGCAGCAGAAUGGAAGAGUCUUCCUCUUAUGGCU